AUGUUAUUUUCGUGUAGAACUACGACGCUCAACGUAUUUCACCUGCAUAUAAUUCUGUGCGUCUUAGGGUACCAAUUCUUCAUGUGCCAAGGUAUCCUCGUACUUUCAAAGUACAAUUGGUCCAUGUUAAUAAGGAGGAGGCAUCGACGGCAUGUGCAUUGGGUGUUCCAACUGUUAGCUCUAAUCUUAGUCGUGACAGGAAGUGUUAUAAUGAUUAAGGAGACGCAGAAUCAUUUCGAUACAGCACAUAGCAUAUUGGCGAUUUGUGCUCUUGUGCUUUAUUUGACGAGUAUUUUGAACGGAUUAUUGAUGCUGAAAGCCAAUAAAUUGAGCACAUUCGUGGAUAUGAUUUGUGUUAGAUACACACAUUACGUGACAAGUAUAAGUACUUUGUUUUGUGCGACUGCAAUAACGCACUUUCUUCUCGGCGCUGCGGCUUUUAGUGCAUUUUUCUUCAUAAACAUUUUUGAAAUAUCUAAUUCCCUGAAGCAACAUAUAUACCUGUGUGUUACCGGUUAUAUAAUUCUGAUGUCUCAAGCUGUUCUUUCUCUCAAUCCAUUUACAAGUUGGUCACGAUGCUUUAAAUACGAGGACAAGAAAAUAAUUCAUUGGACAAUGCAAGUCACUGGAUCUAUGCUAGCCAUAGCUGGCAGCAUUAUCAGGAUGGUGGAAGUUCCAAGUAAUUUUCAGACCGCGCAUGGAAUUUUAGGAGUCGUCGCCAUGGUUUGCACUAUUUUCAGCCUGAUCAGCGGGAUUAUCAAUCUGUUUGCUAUGACUCUCAACACGAACAUAAAUUUGGUCAAAAUUUCGCAUUCAGUUUUAGGCUCCUUAGGCCUUUGCACCGCUUACAUUUGCCUCUGCUUUGGUUUCAACGAUUUAUAUCGAGUAUUUUUUGGCAAUACCAAUGCUAAUUUAUCUAUCUCCCUCACGGUACUAGCAUUAAUCGGGACUUUGGCAUCAGCAAGUAUUAACACAUUCAGAAGAAUACUAAGC